GUGGCGCGGGAGCUGCCGGCGAUGUCUGCGUCUCCGGGGAAGGAGCGCCGCGCCUGGGGAGGAGGCGGUGGCUGGAGGAGCGCGAGCAGUGGCAACCCUGUCCGGGGCCGCGAGGUUCGCCGGGGCCGCCGGAGGACUGAGCGGCUGUAGCGAUGGAGCAGCUUUCAGAUGAAGAAAUUGACCAUGGUGCUGAAGAAGACAGUGACAAGGAAGACCAGGACCUGGACAAAAUGUUUGGAGCCUGGCUUGGGGAACUGGACAAACUCACUCAGACUUUGGAUUCUGACAAACCCAUAGAACCAGUGAAAAGAUCUCCUCUUCGCCAGGAAACAAACAUGGCCAAUUUUUCUUAUCGUUUCUCCAUAUACAACUUGAAUGAAGCUCUGAAUCAGGGAGAGACUGUUGAUCUGGAUGCCCUGAUGGCCGAUCUUUGCUCUAUAGAGCAGGAGCUCAGCAGUAUUGGUUCAGGAAAUAGUAAGUGUCAAGUCACAGAAACAAAAACUACUCAGAAAUUACCUGCUAACCGACAUACAUCAAAACAUGGCACCUUGAAAGGAUUAUCUUCUUCAUCUAAUAGGAUAACUAAACCUUCUCAUGCUAACUACUCUCUAGAUGACAUCACUGCACAAUUAGAACAGGCCUCCUUGAGCAUGGACGAGGCUGCUCAGCAAUCUCUACUAGAAGAUACUAAGCCCUUAGUAACUAAUCAGCACAGAAGAACCGCAUCAGCAGGCACAGUGAGUGAUGCUGAAGUUCGCUCUAUUAGUAACUCCUCACGUUCUAGCAUCACGUCUGCAGCCUCCAGCAUGGAUUCUUUGGAUAUUGAUAAAGUGACACGCCCUCAAGAACUGGAUUUGACAUCUCAGGGGCAGCCAAUUACUGAGGCUUUGAGUUGAACCGUUGUGCUCUGC